CGCUAGUCGCAAGAUAUUUCAGUUCUAGUGGAGCCGUUGGGCGGUUUGGUUUAGUCACAAUUCGCCAGUGCUUGGACAGAAUAUAAUUUGAUUUAAUAUUUUUUCUGUGACGUGGUUAAUUACUGUGAAGAUGUCUUUGGUUCGUUUAAUUGGUGCUGAGUGCCGCUUGUUGGCUAAGCGCGGUUACUCCUCUGCCCCCGCAACUACUAAAAUGUUCAUCGAUGGUAAAUUUGUGGAGUCGCAAACUAAAGAAUGGAUCGACUUGCAUGACCCCGCCACCAAUGAGGUCAUUAGUCGUGUACCCAAGUGCACACAGGCUGAGAUGCAAGCAGCAUUGGAAUCCAACAAAAAGGCAUUCAAAUCGUGGAGCCAACAAUCCGUGUUAUCCCGCCAGCAAGUGAUGUUCAAAUUACAAGCAUUGAUCAAAUCGAAUAUGGGUGAAUUGGCCAAGAAUAUAACCAAGGAACAAGGCAAAACACUUGCCGAUGCUGAAGGCGAUGUACUGCGUGGUUUACAGGUCGUUGAGCACUCUUGCAGCAUUCCCUCACUUGCAAUGGGCGAGACUGUAGCUAAUGUGGCUCGCGAUAUGGAUACAUACUCGCUUGUCUUGCCUUUGGGUGUUACCGCUGGUAUUGCGCCUUUCAACUUCCCCGCCAUGAUCCCACUAUGGAUGUUCCCCGUUGCCAUUACCUGUGGCAACACUAUGCUGCUGAAGCCAUCAGAGCGCGUACCCGGCUCGACUAUGCUGUUGAUGGAGCUGUUAAAUGAAGCUGGUUGCCCACCUGGCGUCGUCAAUGUCAUUCAUGGCCAACAUGAUGCUGUCAACUUUAUCUGCGAUGCGCCCGAAAUCAAAGCUGUAUCCUUUGUAGGUUCUGAUGCUGCUGGUAAAUAUAUUUAUGAGCGUGCUGGCAAAAAUGGCAAGCGUGUGCAGAGCAAUAUGGGCGCCAAGAACCACGGUGUCAUUAUGGCCGACGCAAACAAGGAAAACACCUUGAACCAACUGGCUGGUGCCGCUUUUGGUGCUGCCGGUCAACGUUGCAUGGCACUUUCUACUGCUCUGUUUGUUGGCGAAGCACAAAAAUGGAUUCCAGAUUUGGUUGAGCGCGCUAAGAAAUUGAAGGUGAAUGCUGGUCAUGUGCCCGGCACUGAUGUGGGCCCAGUCAUCAGUGAGCAAUCGAGGAAACGUAUUAAUGAACUUGUUGAAUCUGGAGUUAAGGAAGGAGCAAAACUCAUUCUCGACGGACGUAACGUCAAGGUACCUGGAUAUGAUGCAGGUUACUUCGUCGGUCCCACCAUACUCUCCGAUGUUACACCCGAUAUGCAGUGUUACAAAGAGGAAAUUUUUGGACCCGUCUUGGUAAUCUUGAAAGCCGAUACCCUCGACGAAGCUAUUCAAACUGUCAAUGCAAACCCGUAUGGCAAUGGAACAGCAAUCUUCACAACUAACGGCGCAACUGCACGCAAGUUCGUCAACGAAAUCGAUGUAGGCCAAGUGGGUGUCAACGUGCCCAUACCCGUACCUUUACCAAUGUUCUCGUUCACCGGCACCCGUGGCUCCUUCCGUGGGGAUCACCACUUCUACGGCAAAAUGGGUAUAAAAUUCUACACACAAACUAAGACCGUAACACAAUUGUGGCGCGAAACCGAUGUGACGCACACGCAAGCGGCGGUAGCCAUGCCCACGAUGAAGUAGAGGAAAAUGGCCGACUGUAUAAAGUGAUAGCCCAUGGCGUUUGUCUUCCUAUUUAAGAUGCCUUAGAGUCAAUGAACGAUACAGAAAUGAUGAGAAACGAUAUGGUUAUAUUUUUGUACACUAGUUUUUUUCAUAAAAUCCUACAUGGAAAUAUUGCAUUUAUUUUUUGUAUAUAUUAAGAAUGUUAAGCUUCUAAGAAUCGUUUCUUAUUAAGCAAUAAAUAUAUGAUAUUAAAAGAAAUUAUAAA